AUAAGACAUAAAAAAAUAAAAAAUAAUUGACUUUGGCAUAUGACAAAUUUUCCCUCUGAACUCCAAGGUUUCCCAAAACCCCUUCGCUCUCCCACUUCGGACUGGUAGAGAUGAUGAUGAAGCUUUCUCGUCUUCUGUUAUCUUCAAGGAAUCAGAUAUCUAGAAACAUAAUAAAUGGGAAGGAUGGCAACCCAAGAAAUGGGUUACCGUCGUUUACUUUCACUUCUCGUGCUGGAAUUUCAACUUCGGGGCAGAACAUUAACAUUAAAGGCUUUGCAGCUCCAUACACUGUUUAUAAGGGAAAAGCUGCAUUGUCUGUGAAUCCCAUUCUCCCAACAUUUACUAAACUGGAUUCUGGAAUUCAUGUGGUUGAACGCCGCGGUUGCAUGAUGUUGAAGUUCACUCCUGCCAUUGGUGAGCGCAAGUACGAUUGGGAGAAGAGACAGAUGUUUGCUUUGAGCCCGACAGAGGUUGGAUCUUUGAUAAGCUUGGGUCCCAAUGAUUCCUGUGAAUUCUUCCAUGAUCCUUCGAUGUUAUCGAGUAAUGCUGGACAAGUGAGGAAGAGUUUGACAAUCAGGCCUCAUUCGAAUGGCGGUGGCUAUAUGAUUUCUUUGACCGUUGUCAACAACAUCCUAAAAUCCAAGGAUAAUAUCAGUGUUCCAUUCACAACUGCUGAAUUUAUAGUUGUGAAGACAGCUUGCAGUUACGCGCUGCCUCACAUAUUGGGUUGGGAUCGGAUGACAGACAAGGUGGCGAAGGACAUUCCAGGAAGGCGUACAGCUGACAUUAAGUUUGAUCGGCCACAAUUUUUGGAUUCGGAGUGGGACAAAUGAAAGCUGGAUGUCUCCACCCUCUUUUGGAACAGAUUUGUGUUAUUGUUUUGUGUUGUGUAAAUCCCUGUUAUGUUCUCUGAUUUUCCAGGGAUUAUAGGAUGUUGAAGUUGAACAUCUUAUGUUAUGGAACUGCAUUGUUCUUACUACAAAAACAAAGGGAAACUAAGACAAAGCAAUAAUGUGCUACAAAAUUCACAAUGUGGAGAGUUGAAAUCUAAUGGUAAUAUAUAUUGCAACUAAAAAUGAGAUGAUGGA